AUGUCGAAACUCUCGCCGUCGCUCAAGGCCCUCAUCAACGCCUCCGGAGCCCGACCGCACCCCCUCCCCGCACCACCGGGCAUCCGAGCCGUAUAUGAGCGACUGCGACGGGAGGCCGCGGCGAAGAAGGUGGGAAGCAGAGCCUGGCUGACGCUCUCGACAGCGGCCACGGUGACCAUGAACUCGCCCGCAUCGCUCACCAUCCUGUUCCACCUGGCCACGGACCACGCGCAGGAUCAGCCGCAAUCCGUGGAGACGGCCGAGCUGAUGAGAGAAGUGGCCUUGAAAUGCAUCGGCUUCAACGGGAUCCCCCGGACCAUCAACUGUCUCGGGGCCUUCAGAUCCAGCUUACCGGUCGAGAUUAUAUCCUCAUUAUCCACGAAGCCGACACGAACCGCCUCGCAAUCCAACAUCCACGCCAUCAUCGCCCGCGGCCACGCCCUCUGGACCUCCAUCUACCGCCCCUUCGAUGCCACGCUCGCAGCCAAGCUCGCCGACUCGCACCCCGACCUCCCCGUCUUCAUCCUCCAGCACGCAUACGGCCCGCUGUUCGCCGACCCACCCACGCAUCGCGACGGGCCUCCCGGGUCUGCCGGCGCGAGAGUCGGACGAGUGCUGACGAGUCUCGUCGCCGUUGCGUGCCUGAGGGCGCAGACGGGCGUCGGGCCGCAGGUCACGAGCCACGUGUUCGGGCUGCGGAAGGCCUUUACGGAUGGGAGUGGCGAGGCCGAGGGCGAGGGGGUGGUGGAGGGCGGGAGGUGGCUGGCGACGGACGAGGGGAGUGUGUGGUUGCUGGAGGCCGUCGAUGCCGUCGUGGAGGCUCUGGGGGAGGGGAGGGGCAGUAGCUUCGCGUGGGGAAUGGAAAAGUCGAAGCUGUAG